AUGCUUAUUCCUAUCCAGACUGAUGGGACGUCAAACGGCGAUGGGAAUCCAAAAGAGAUAGUACCAAAAGAGUUUACAACUAAUUUUGUAUCGUUUGAAACCGGAAAUUAUUCAUUGAUUAUUAAAAAACCAAAAAAACGACCAGAAAUGAUACCGCUCCCUUCGAAAUCAUCAACAUUUAAAGAUUAUGAGAUCGAGAUUUUAAAAUGGAAGAAAAAAUUUAAUAAAUAUUCCGCAAAAUACAUCUUUCCCAUAUCUGCUUCAUUCACAUAUUCAAGGAUACCAAUCGGAGUUGAGCGAGCGUAUGUUCGAGGCUAUAAAACACCUCAGCUAAUUUUAUCCAAUAAUAAAAUUUGGCUUACAGAAGAGAUUCUACAAGGAAAUAAUCAUCCAUCGACAUUAGAACUACCUUUUCAUGCCAGAAGGAAGCAAUUCAGGUUCGGAGACGUAUUUUCUGAAGAAAGAAAAUAUGGCUAUUUUAUGAUUGCUUAUCCGCCACAAGCUGCCAUGUUUGACACAUAUCUAGAAUUUGAACAAGCGUACGAACAAUGGUUUGAAAACACAAAUCUCCUCAUAACAAGGAAAAAUGAAUUUGAAUCGAGGAAUAUAAUGCAAAACAAACAGCAAUUUGUUGAGUUCCAACCUAAGAAAUCACCGGUAAAUACAAACCAAAUGCCAGAUUACAAAAGAUUCGAAAAUUUGAAAGUUUCAAACUAUAAAUUAUUGAGAAACUUCAUAUAUACAGUAAAGAAUGGCCCUAUCAAGGAGAAGCCUGUCAAUAAGGAGAAUGAUAUUGAAGAAAAAUUGCAAAAAUCAAGUCUUUUACCAAAAAUAUUUCAAAAAACUCCGAAUUAUAUCGAAGAAUACGAACAGCAUGGAUGCGAUUACAUAUCUCAAGAAUACGAAUCAGUUAAACAGAAAACGAGCUUUUUGAUAAAAUCUCUCGAUACAGAUACAUUAAUGUCCAAACUAAUUGAUCGGAAUGGCAAAGUAGAUACAUCAAGACUAAUUGGAACACUUUCCAGAUUGAAUCCUGACUUAAAUGGCAAAGAUUGUUUUACUUUUCUCAAAAUUAUAUCGAAUCAGUUUAUUACUGAAGAAUUUUCCUUUUUAUUGAGACUUACACAGAACAAUUAUGCUUUUUUAAUGACAGGAUACAUUAUAUCGAAAUGUUUUCCAUCAAAAAAGGAAUUUUACGCAGAAAACGUAUUUCCAAUUAUCAGAGAUCUUACUUGUGAUCCAAUUAUAAUACAUUCAAUCAAUGUUAUGGCUCAAAACAACAUUAUUGAAAUUUUUAAUGAAUUUUUCGUCAAAGAGUACCCAGAUCAUGCGAAACAUAUCAAAAUGCUCGAUGAAUUCUAUAAUGGCUAUACGGUUCAAGUUGCAGGAUUAUUCAAAAUGUUCAAAUUAAAUAUUACAGAUUUUGUCCAUAACGACAUCAAUUUAGAGAAAAUGAAGUAUAUAGUUCCAAUAUACAAUGUAUUAUUAGCAUGCGAUCAUGAAAUUGCAUAUCAAUUUUUAGAUUCGAUUCCAAAUUUCUUCACCGACUUAAAUAAGAUCUCAAAAUUAUCAGAGCCGGAUUACAUUAAGAUAAUAAUGCCAUUCAUCAAAGUAAAAGAUAACUUGGUAUUGUUAUUCAGAAUAUUAAUGAAAGAUAUGAACGAUCCUUCAUUCGAAACCAUCGGAAGCUUAUCUUUGUUAUCUAUUAAGACUAUGCAGUGGGCUUUCAUCAUGAAUAUCAAGAAUUAUCCACAAAUGCCCUCAAAUUAUAUCCCUGCUUUUGUUAAUUCAUUGUUGGCAUACAGAACUCCGGAAUCCUCGUACGCAAUUCAUUCGAUUUGUUGCUAUUUCCAGUCAAAAAUAUUUACUUCCAGAGAAGAUCCUCAAAUUCUCAAUAAUGUUUUGCAGGAUUUGCUGAUAUACCUUAGGGAUCCAAGUCCCAAUCCAUAUACUAUCCAUUCUUUCGGCAAACUCCUCUAUUUAAAGGAUGCAAAAGAUUUCAUGAAAAAUAAUGUGAAAUGUAUCUCUUAUUUAUUGACUUUGAUGCGUUCAAAUGAUACAGAAAUACAGCAAUCAGCAUGGAGAGCGUUUCUUUUCGCAACAGGUGAGCAUACAAAAGAAAUUGUAAAUUGUUUGAAGUCAGACAGCUCUUUGAACAAUGAGUUUACGCUCACAAUUACUACAUUGAAUGCCAGAGGAAUUAUUGAGCUUCUUUUGCUGAUUAUUUCGAUCUUUGACCGAAGAAAACGAAGAAAAUCUUCUCCAACAACAUUUCACAUUGCAGACGAAACAAUUGAACUGUGCAAACAAAUAGCACUUUCUGGAUUCCAAAUUGACGAAUACAUCACGCGUCUUAACAUUCAGACAAAACACGAUAAUAUUUACUACAAAAAGAGGAUAUUAUCUAAAUUUAUUAAAUGCUAUAGAGAUUCUUUGACAAUGCAAAACAUCUUCCCAUUAAAAUACAAUUAG